CCGUGACCAGAAGCUCCUGGAAGCAGUGCAGCGGGGAGAUGUGAGUCGGGUGGCUGCUCUAGCCUCCAGGAAGACUGCCCGACCCACCAAGCUAGACUCCCACGGCCAGUCCCCGUAACUCACCUGUGGAUCUCUGGCUUUCUCCUCUGCUCAGUUAAGUAGGAAGCAGCGACUCCAAUUGGAGGGUGCCCAGGAACAGGAAUUCUGGCUUCUCUUUCUGUCUCUGUCUCCUCCUCCUCCUCCUUCUUCUUUGUGACUCCUUAGAAAAUUGCCAUCCCUUUCUGUGGCAAUCAGCUUGGAACCGGAACACUCUCAGUGACAAUUUUGGGGCUGUGGUGUUGGGGGACAGUGGUUCAUCAAGAAUGACCCACUUCGGGGGCAGCUAGGUGACGCAGUGGAUAAAGCACCAGCCCUGGAUUCAAGAGGACCUGAGUUCAAAUCUGGCCUCAGACACUUGACACUUACUAGCUGUGUGACCCUGGGCAAGUCACUUAACCCUCAUUGCCCCACAAGAAGGAAAAAAAAAAGAAUGACCCACUUCUUGGCUCCCUUCUCCCCAUCUCAUCCUUCUCUUCUUUCUGACUGGCUGGCCAGGUUCCAUCUAGCAGCAUCCAAGGGGUUGACGGAGUGCCUGACUGUACUACUGGCUAAUGGGGCCGAAAUCAAUAGCAAGAAUGAAGAUGGAAGCACCGCCCUGCACUUGGCUACUAUUUCCUGCCAGCCGCAGUGUGUCAAGGUCCUGCUGCAGCAUGGUGCCAACGAGGAUGCAGUGGAUGGAGAAAACCGAAGUCCCCUGCAUUGGGCUGCCUCAUCCGGCUGCGCCUCUAGCGUGCUGCUGCUAUGUGAUCAUGAAGCUUUUCUGGAUGUCCUCGAUAAUGAUGGACGGACUCCCCUGAUGAUUGCAUCACUGGGGGGACAUGCAGCCAUUUGUUCCCAGCUCUUGCAGAGAGGUGCCCGGGUUAAUGUCACAGACAAGGAAGACAAAUCGGCUCUGAUCCUGGCUUGUGAGAAGGGGAGCGCAGAGGUGGCAGAGCUGCUCCUGAGCCACGGGGCAGAUGUGGGGGCUGUGGACUGCACGGGCCAUGAUGCUUUAACCUAUGCCCUGCACACCCAAGACAAGGAACUAUUGCGGCUCCUUCGCCGGGCUCUGAACCGACGCCAGCGUGGAGGCCAAGGGCUGGCUCAACAUCCCGAUGUAUCACCUCAGGGCUCCCCACCUAAGAGCCCAAAGAGAGCAGAGCCAGAGGAGCAGCAGGAGGAGGAUGAUGAAGGGGAAGGUGGUGAGAACCUGCGCUGCUCUCAGGAGUGGAGGAAGAAAUAUGAAGCAGAGAGAAAGAAAGUGUCCCAGCUAGAGCAGGAGCUGGUACAAAAGGCAGAAGAAUGUAAAGCCCAGACCAUGGCCUGCCAGGGUCUGGAGAGCCGGGUGCGAGAGCAGGUACAGGAGCUGGGACUGCUCUUGGCCAGGGAGUCUAGAGACCCAGGUGGGCCAGGUCCCAGUCCACGGUCUGGUGGGGAUGGCAUGGAGCAGGGUGGUAUUCUGGACCUGCUGGCUGAGCAGGUACAAGAGUUGAAGAGACAAAAACAGGCUAUGGUAUCACAAGCAUCAGAAACUCGAGGGCCCCAGAGUGAAAGCCGGGGGAAGGCCCAGGUAGAGCUGCAGAGGGUCGGGCUGCAGAGCCCAGUGGAGGCAGCUUCAGGGAAGGCCAAGGGAGAGCAGCUGCCAGGUGUGGGAGGAGUUGUGCCAGGCUAUGGAAGAAACCAAGUGCUCAAAGAGGAGAGAGGGAGGGCACCGGGUGCUGAGCCAGCAGGCAUGGUUGCCUUGGGCCAGCUCCUGCUGCAACUGAGGGAGGAGCUGACUGCCGUGUGGAGGGAUAAGGAUGCUGCGAGAGGGGUCCUGGGCAGACCAGCUGGAAACAGGGCCUGGGGGGCAUCCCAAGCUGAGGCUGCAGCAGCCGCCUGGGAGAAGAUGGAGGCUCGCUUAGAGCAGGUGCUGGCCAGGCUGGAUCGGGCCAAGGCUGGGUUGCACGUGGAGACUGUGCCUCCUGUCCCGGAGUCCCAGGAGGGGGCUGCCCCACAAGCCAAAACCGUGACUGUGGUGAGGAGCCCUACCAGAGAGGGCAAAGCAAAGGAGGAAAGGGCCCGCGAAGUUCGGGGCGAACCCCUCGGAGCUCCAGGAGCGGAGCUGACUCCAGGAUCGGGGCUGGCUCCAGGAGCGGGGCAGGCUCCAGGAGCGGGGCAGGCUCCAGGAGCGGGGCAGGCUCCAGGAGCGGGGCUGGCUCCAGGAGCGGGGCUGGCUCCAGGAGCGGGGCUGGCUCCAGGAGCGGGGCUGGCUCCAGGAGCGGGGCUGGCUCCAGAGGGGCCCGGGGCAAAGGGACAGCUGGAGAAGGAGGUGUCGGCCCUGAGGCUGAGUAACAGUAACCUGUUGGAGGAGCUGAGUGAGCUGGGCCGGGAGCGCCAGCGGCUGCAGGGGGAGCUGCAUGCGCUUAGCCAGAGGCUGCAGCGCGAGUACAUGCCCAAGCCCGAGGCCCAGGGCCAGCUGCAGCAGCUGCGCAACAGCGUGGGGCUGUUGGCCGACGAGCUGGCGGCUGAGAAGGAAGCCGCGGAGCAGCUCCGACGCCGCCUGGCCGCCCAGAGCACGGGCCUGCAGGGGCUGCGGGACUGCCUGCCUUCCAACCUGCUGGGCGGAGGGAGCCCCCAGGGGUCAGCUCCUGACCCCCUGGAGGAGCUGCAGGGCUGUGUGGGCGCCCUGGUGGCCAGAUACAACGAGGCGCAGCGGGAGCUGGCCAAGCUGGAGAGAGAAAACCAGCGGCUGAAGGGCAAGGGCCGGGAUGCCGCCCCCACCGCCCCCGCCACCCCCACCGCCCCCCAGGCCGUCCCCCAGGUAGCUGCCCUGGAGCAGGACCUGGGAAAACUGGAGGAGGAGCUGCGGGCUGUGCAGGCCACCAUGGGCGGCAAGAGCCAGGAGAUUGGAAAGCUGAAGCAUCUGCUGUACCAGGCCACUGAGGAGGUGGCCGAGCUUCGGGCUCGGGAAGCAGCCAACCUGAGGCAGCAGGAGAAGAGCCGGGCGUCCCUGGUGGCCCAGGCGCAGUCCUGGGGCCAGGAGCUCAAGGCUUUGCUGGAGAAGUACAACAAUGCAUGCAAGGAGGCUGGGCAGCUGCGGGAGGCUGUGACCGAGGAGCGUCGCAGGAGCCGAGAGCUGGCAGCCCGGGCCACUGAACAGGAGCGCCAGGCCAGUGAGAUGAGGGGCCGCUCAGAGCAGUUCGAGAAGGCCGGGGAGUUGCUGAAGCAGAAGAUGGACCAGCUCAUUGGGGCCUGCAGGGAAAAGGAGGCCAAGAUCAGGGAGUUGCUGAAGAAACUGGAGCAAAUGUCAGCUGAAGUCCUUGCUGUUCGUGGGGAAAAUACCCGCCUUGUGCUGCAGUUGCAGGAUGCCCAGAAGAACCACCAGGAAAUCAUUUCCACCUACAGGAACCAUCUGCUUAAUGCUGCUCAGGUAAGCAUAUGGACAGGUCAGGAUUCCGUAUUGGGGAACCCCUCUCUCAUCUGUCUCCAGAUAGAAAGGUGCGUGGUUGUGUGUGUUUAA